AUGGAGUCCGUUGCCAGGGCGAUCCAAGCCUUAAGGGAGUCUAUCCCCACCGCGAGGAUCCAUGAGAAGGGAAGUGAAGAGUACGAGAAGGCGAAUUCCAGUUACCUCUCGGGGCUUGAGAGCGACCUCAAGCCCCUGUUCAUCUUCCAGCCCGCCAGCAUUAGGGAGGUCGUCAUCUUUGUCAAUACCAUCAAACCCUUUGCCGACGAGGUGCCCUGCGCCAUCCGUGGUGCUGGACAGCAACCUCUCCCGGGAUGUGCCAAUGUGGACAAUGGCAUUACCCUGGACCUGGCCCUGCUCAACACUAUCACGCUCACCGACGACAAUUCCGUUGUUCAGAUUGGAGCCGGUGCACGCUGGGGCGCAGUCUAUGAAAAGCUGGACGCCCUCGGCCUCAGCGUGACGGGCAGCCGAAGUGCAAUGGGAGGCGUGGGAGGGCUGGCGCUGGCAGGCGGCCUGUCCUUCUUCUCCAGCCGCGAAGGCUUCAUCUGCGAUAACGUCGUCAAUUUCCAAGUCGUCCUCAGCUCGGGCGAGAUUGUCAACGCCAAUGCCACCGAGAACGCCGACCUCUGGGUAGCCCUCCGUGGUGGCGGCAGCAAUUUUGGGAUUGUCACACGCUUCGACUUCCGGACCUUCAAACAAGGACUGCUCUGGGGUGGCAACGUCUUCUACUUUAAGGACAGCUUCCCAGACCAGAUCAAGGCUCUGGUGACCGAGGUUACGAAGCCCGAUGCGACGGACCAGACACACUUGAUGAUCAGCAUUGGCUAUUCAAGCGUCAUGGCAGCCGCUUUCAAGGGUGUUGACAUCAUGUGCAUGAAUCAGUGUUACUACACCGAGGCCGUCGAGAAUCCCCCGGUGCUUGAAACCCUUACGAAGAUUACACCACAAAUUGAUGCUCUCAACUCCAUGUCCUUGAAGUCUGUUGCGGCUGCGGCCUCAGAGCAGCAUAAAGCCGCCCAGACCCAAGUCAGGGCCGCAUACAUCAACAUGGCAGUCAAGGCCGAUGACGCCACCCUGCAAGCAUUCAGCGACAUCUUCACGGCUGCCCUGCCUCCUCUCUUCAGUGUGGCCGGUGGCACCUACACGUUCACCCUGCAGCCCUACCCUGUCUCGCUUCUGGCCAAGUGUGAUGCCAACGGCGGCAAUGUGUUGGGCCUGCACGCCUCUGACGGUCCCAUCGUCUCGGUCUUACUUCUUUCGUACUGGGCAAACAAGACCGAUGACGGAGUCGUGAUUUCCUUCAUGGAAGAAACACUGGGCAAAAUGCGCGACGACGCCGCGGUCAGGGGCACGCUUAUCCCCUACAUCUACCUGAACUACGCCUUCACAGGGCAGAAGGUGUUUGACUCGUACGGGCCUGAAAACAAGGCCAAGCUGCAGGCUGCCAGCAAGAAGUACGAUCCCAUUGGAUUGUUCCAGAAAGGGUUUCCGGGAGGGUUCAAGCUGUUCGACUAA